GUCGAACGCAAGCUACGUCUACAAAAGAAGUGAAUACAACUCAACUCCGAUAGCGGUCCGGGGCACGGAAUUUGUGAAAGAAACUUUGUUCACGUGUCGGAUUUGGGUCGGGGUUAAAAAUGAGUACAAUUGCGGCUGCUAGGCCGGUAGUGACGGUCUAUAGUGAAAAAAAUGAACCAUCAGGCGUUCAAAUUGCUUUGCCGAUGGUGUACAAGGCACCAAUUCGACCUGACAUUGUUAAUUUUGUUCAUAUGAAUAUGGCAAAAAAUCGUCGACAUCCAUAUGCUGUUUCAAAGGAAGCCGGACAUCAAACAUCUGCUGAAUCUUGGGGAACUGGUCGUGCUGUGGCUCGUAUUCCACGUGUACGAGGAGGUGGAACUCAUCGUUCGGGACAGGGUGCAUUUGGAAAUAUGUGUCGUGGUGGACGCAUGUUUGCCCCAACAAAAACCUGGCGUAGAUGGCACCGAAAGAUAAAUGUAAACCAGCGUCGUUAUGCCAUUUGUUCUGCUAUUGCCGCUUCUGGCAUUCCAGCAUUGGUGAUGUCCAAAGGACAUAAAAUUGAAGAAAUCCCUGAAGUACCUUUGGUUGUAAGCAACAAAGUCCAAGAAUAUACUAAAACAAAGCAAGCAGUAGAAUUUUUACGCAAAAUCAAGGCCUGGUCCGACAUUGAAAAGGUGUACAAUUCUAAGAGGUUUAGAGCCGGUAAAGGUAAGAUGAGAAAUCGUCGCCGAAUUCAAAGGUUGGGACCCGUCAUUGUUUAUCGUAAAGAUCAAGGACUCACAAGGGCGUUCAGAAAUAUUCCUGGUAUUGAAACAAUUAAUGUAGAAAAGCUGAAUUUGCUCAGAAUAGCACCUGGUGGACAUGUGGGACGUUUUGUGAUUUGGACAGAAGGUGCUUUCAGAAGAUUAGAUGCUUUGUACGGCACAUACAAAAAGGCAUCACUUAAAAAGAAAAAUUACAACCUCCCAAUGCAUAAAAUGACCAAUACUGAUUUAGCUAGAUUGAUUAAAGGUCCUGAAUUGAGAAAGGCAAUUGGAAAACCAAAUAAGAAAAUUGAACGCUAUCGAUUGAAGAAGAAUCCAUUGAAGAACAUAAGAGUAAUGAUGAACUUGAAUCCUUAUGUAGCUGUAUUGCGUCGUCGAGCAUAUCUACAUGCUGAAAAAAGAAAGAAACAGAAGGAAAUUCUUUCUCUAAAAAAACGAGGGCUUCCAAUUCCUGAGAAUUUAUUGAGAAAGAAGAAGAAGAAGGAUGCAAAAGAAAAACCAACUAAGAAAGGCAAAGUAACUAAAACUAAAGAAGCAGCCAGUAAAGGGAAAGGGGCCAAGAAAGAGGCUGUUAAGGAUGGAAAAUCAGCUAAAAAAGAAGCUUCUAAAGAAGGAAAAGCUAAGGGGAAAAAAUAAUUUAAAGGACUUGUAAAUUGGGAUGUAAUAAAGAAAAUAUUGGAUGUA